ACGUAUGGGGAGCUUUAGGCUCAAGUAUUCAUCCGUCCACCUAAUUGAGUAAAAAGGACAUGGCACCGGAGACUGUGGAUUUCUCUUUAUAAGGUUGUCUUGGUCACCCACAUUUCAUUGCAGAUAAACAUCAGAAACAAACACACACAUUAAUCAUUGUCUGAGAGAGAAAUCGAGAUGGAAAUGGCGCCAUGGAUCAUCAUCCGAGUUCUAGUGCUGGCGGCUUGCCUGUUUGCAGCGUCUGUGGAAUGCAUCGAGCGACACUACAAGUUCAAUGUUGUUCUGAAGAAUACGACAAGAUUGUGCUCAGCCAAGCCCAUUGUCACUGUGAAUGGAAGGUUCCCUGGUCCCACCGUUUAUGCCAGGGAGGACGACACGGUGCUCAUCAAGGUGGUCAACCACGUCAAGUACAAUGUCAGCAUCCACUGGCAUGGGAUAAGACAACUGAGGACGGGUUGGGCUGAUGGGCCGGCGUAUAUUACCCAGUGCCCGAUUCAACCCGGGCAACAAUAUGUGUACAACUUCACCAUCACUGGCCAAAGGGGUACGCUAUGGUGGCACGCACACAUCCUUUGGCUAAGGGCCACUGUCCACGGCGCUUUGGUCAUCUUGCCCAAGCGUGGGGUUCCUUACCCUUUUCCCACACCUCACAAGGAAGAAGUUGUUAUCUUAGGUGAAUGGUGGAAAUCAGAUGUCGAAGCUGUCAUUAAUGAAGCUCUGAAAUCUGGCUUGGCCCCUAAUGUCUCCGAUGCUCACACCAUCAAUGGUCAUCCAGGACCUCUCUCAACCUGCCGUUCACAGGGAGGCUUUACAUUGCCGGUGGAUUCCGGCAAGACGUACUUGCUACGUAUCAUCAAUGCUGCACUUAAUGAAGAGCUUUUCUUCAAGGUUGCCGGCCACCAACUCACCGUCGUCGAGGUUGACGCGGCGUACACAAAGCCCUUCAAAACCGAUACCAUUGUCAUUGCGCCAGGCCAGACAACAAACGCCCUCCUCACUACCGAUCGUCGAACCGGCAAGUACUUGGUUGCAGCCUCUCCAUUCCAGGAUGCACCCGCCAUUGCAGUCGACAACAAGACCGCUGUCGCCACACUUCACUAUUCCGGCACUCUCUCCUCCACCGCCACAACUCUCAUCGCCCCACCCCCGCAAAACGCCACCCCAGUAGCUUCAAAGUUCACAAAUGCCCUCCGAAGCCUCAACUCUAAGAAGUACCCUGCCAGAGUCCCGUUGAAAAUUGACCGUUCCCUGCUUUUCACCAUUGGACUCGGCGUUAACCCCUGCUCUACCUGCGUGAAUGGCAGCCGCGUGGUGGCGGAUAUCAAUAACAUUACGUUUGUGAUGCCCACCGUUUCACUUCUUCAAGCUCAUUUUUUCAAAACAAAAGGAGUUUUCACUGAUGAUUUCCCCGGAAACCCGCCGACAAAGUAUAACUAUACCGGCACGCAGCCGACCAACUUCCAGACCACGACCGGGACAAGGCUUUUUAGGCUUGCUUACAACUCAACGGUACAAUUAGUCUUGCAGGAUACAGGGAUGAUCACCCCAGAAAACCAUCCGGUUCAUCUUCAUGGAUUCAAUUUCUUUGAGGUUGGGAGGGGACUAGGGAAUUUCAAUCCAAAGACAGAUCCCAAGAAAUUCAAUCUUGUUGACCCUGUGGAGAGGAACACCAUUGGUGUACCAACAGGGGGAUGGACUGCAAUUAGAUUCCAGGCCGAUAAUCCAGGCGUUUGGUUCAUGCAUUGCCAUUUGGAAGUGCACACGACAUGGGGCCUUAAGAUGGCAUUUGUGGUGGACAACGGGAAAGGCCCCAAUCAAUCUCUUCUACCUCCUCCAAGAGACCUUCCCAAGUGCUAGCAAUGGCCAAGGUGGCUCAACCAUUUCUGAUGCAUGGGAGACCGGGAAAUUACAGAAAGAGUGGAAUAAAUUAACAAGAGUUCUUUUGAGCGUGGCAACAGUCUACUCAAAGCUGAAUAAAAUCAUAUUGGAAUUCUUUUUAGAUUUGAUGUAUACCAUUGAUCAUUUUGUUCA